CACGACCUAAUCUGACUUCAAAUAGCCAGCUGGAGCUCUAAUUGAGACAAGCAUUUCGGAUGCCAGUCUGCAAGUCUUCGGCAUGGGCGUCCAGCAGUCACGCUAUAGCUCCGAUUGCGCAGACUCGACGCUGAAGUCUCUGGAUCUGCAUCGUCGAGCUGAGACCGGCGUAUUUUCCGACUCGGAGAGCGAUGUCAGUGGGAGUGACAGCGAUACAGAUGAGGAGAAUGGAGUGUGGAUGGCGCUGCCCAGCGCGUUGAGCUCCACGGGUCACACAUUCCGCAAGAUUGAGACGAAGGUGGUGAACGAAGAGGAGCAGCUCCAAUUGGUUAAGCGAAGAGCGAGGAAAUUGGCACGAACAACUGCAGGCUCAGCAGAAGAUCGUGCAGACCCCGUAUCUCCUCGUGAUUUCCACGUGAUUAAAGUUAUCGGAGUCGGCGGAAUGGGAAGAGUAUUGCUGGUUCGAUAUCGAAAAGAUGGGAAGCUGUACGCUAUGAAAGUCGUGUCUAAAAAGUCAGUAAAGGAGAAGAAUAUGGCGGCGAGAGUUCUGUCAGAGCGUGACGUUCUGGGUGGAACGUGUCAUCACUCAUUGGUUCAACUGUAUUGGGCUUUUCAGACCAAGGAUAACUUGUACUUUGUCAUGGAGUACUGUCCUGGUGGAGAGCUGUCCACGCACCUGGAGCGAGCGACGAGGUUUACAGAAGAGGUGGGGGCAUUUUAUGCGGCUGAGUUACUCCUCGCAGUGCAGCAGCUGCAUCAACACGGCAUUCUACACCGAGAUCUGAAACCGGAGAAUAUUCUGUUAACUGAAGACGGACAUCUCAAACUCGUGGAUUUCGGCAUCAGCAAGUUCGGGAUUACCGAAGCCACCCGCGGGGCGAAAACAAUAUGUGGUAGCUACGAAUAUCUAGCUCCCGAAAUACUAAAGGGGAAAGAAUACGGCACAGCUGCGGAUUGGUGGGCGUUUGGUGCUGUGCUGUAUGAACUUCUCACUGGGUUACCGCCAUGGUACAGCCAGAACGCGAAGGAAAUGUGCAAGCACGUGCUGUAUACACCACUUUCAAUCCCAGACUUUGUGUCACCAGAAGCCGAGGAUUUGAUUCGAAAGCUACUCAGCCGGAAUCCAUAUGAGAGGUUGGGCUCGUUGCAUGAGGGAUUGGAAAUCCAGGAGCAUGCAUUUUUCCGUCAUAUCGACUGGGAGAUGAUCACAUUCCGAGAGGUUCAACCACUCAUCCAGCCGUGUCCGUCUCCUGAAACUAUUGUACGUGUGGUUUGCUCUGGUAUUUGGGCCCAUCUAAUCUGCUUGACUUUAUAUAGAUCGAUGGGAGUAAUUUUCGCGACGAAUUCACAAAUAUAUCGCUAGGAAACACCAGUCCUGUGGGCGGAGGUGGAUUCAGCGAAUCGUUCACAGGGUUCAAUUUUAAAGCAUCGGUGGACCAGCAGAUUGAAUACGGGUACUCACGCGACGUUAGUGGUGGCAGUAACAAGGAAGGCGAAUGAAAGCUUUGCAGCGGCAUGUAUGUUAUCUUGCGAUGAAUGUAUUGAAUUGAAUUGCUUAUCUUCGCAACGCGUGGCAAUUUUUAUUUCGCGAAUCGAGAACUCCAAGAGUUCUUACCCAAGGGUGGAGUAGAUGUGCUGGUCGUACACCGUCUCCCACACGCAGUCACCCUCGUCUUCGACCCAGCACAAAUGGGAAGUGUUCGCAAUCUCAUGAAUAAAAAGAUCUCCGCGCUUAUUCAGCGACUGUAGACCAAAUGUGUCAGAGGUAUACUCAAGUGUAUCCUUCAUUUCCAGCACCGUCAAGUUGUUGAACUUCGUCUCGAUCUCUUCAAUAGUGUCCACGUCCGAGUAGCGACCAAAAAUGGAGGUUUGCCAUGGUCUAAGAAUUGCAUCGGCUGGCGAGGCAAAGAAGUGAGCUUGCUCUAGCUUCAGGAAGUUAGCCUUGCGCCGGUGUUGGUCGUUGAUGCACUCAUCAUUACCGGGAAGACAAAGGUUCAGGUUGUUGUACACGGCCAGGAAGAAAUUGGCAGUCGAGAAGCUACCCAACUGCGGCCAGCGGUAAGUGUUAAAAAGUGAAUGUUGAUACUGGACGUCCGGGUUCUCGAUCGUGUGUAAAGUGACGGCUUUUUGCAUCUUGCCGUAGUAAUCCUUGGGCCCGUAGACGCUGAAGUUGAAAACACUCUCGGGUAAAUACGCAUUUAAGAGCGCACCAUUGGCAAUAGAUUCCUCCACGUCGUCACUUGGUCCGAUGAAUUGACCGUUCUGAAGACCAGCCAGACUGAUAAAGCGGGUGACCUUGUGGUCGUCCAUCUCUUCGAUCACGGCACGAGCAAUAGCCCCACCGAGCGAAUGGCCGAUGAAGAUGUAGCCGUUGUCGAAGACCGAGUUGUUCACUACCACCUCAUGCACCGCCUUCAGAGCCUCUGGAACUUGGAGCAGGAGAGAUUUAACCGAGCAAGUACCAUCGCAGAAUGAGAGCGACACCACAGUGCGCCCUCCUGCAGUCAGGUUGGCCACAAAGUUAUUCCCAGCCUCGUAGGUCAUGGUGGCGCCAUGGAAGAAGAUCACAGGCAGGCUGGAGGUAGCUGAGGCGACGCUCACAAGCACGCAGACAACAAGUACGAGAAGGAUCAUCGAGCGACUGGAUCAGGAAAGAGUGGUUGUGUUGGGUACAAAAUGAAAGGGUAUUCGAAAAAUCUUUGAAAUUAUGCGCUCAAUUGCCAGUUGCAACUCGCCGUUUAGUAAUGGCACGUCGCUAGCGUUUUGAUCUAUCUGUACGAGUGUUCUUACACAAGCGUCGGGUAAAUGUAUUGGUCGUACACGGUCGCCCACGAGCAACCGGUUUCUUCGUCGUCAGUCGCCCAGCAACCGUGCGAGACGUUGGCAAUCUCGUGAAGGAACAGACCACCACGCUU